UGGGUGGCGGGCGUGCGCUUCUCCCCGAACAGCAGCACCCCCAUCAUCGUCUCCUGCGGCUGGGACAAGCUGGUGAAGGUUUGGAACUUGGCUAACUGCAAGCUGAAGACCAACCACAUCGGGCACACGGGCUACCUGAACACAGUGACCGUCUCCCCCGACGGCUCCCUCUGCGCCUCCGGCGGCAAGGACGGCCAGGCCAUGCUGUGGGAACUGAACGAAGGCAAGCACCUGUACACCCUCGACGGAGGGGACAUCAUCAACGCCCUGUGCUUCAGCCCCAACCGGUACUGGCUCUGCGCUGCCACUGGCCCCAGCAUCAAGAUCUGGGACCUGGAAGGCAAAAUCAUAGUGGACGAGCUGAAGCAAGAAGUGAUCAGCACCAGCAGCAAAGCCGAGCCGCCCCAGUGCACAUCCCUGGCCUGGUCCGCAGACGGGCAGACCCUGUUCGCUGGCUACACAGAUAACCUCGUCCGGGUGUGGCAAGUCACCAUCGGGACCAGAUGAGAACGCGGCGUCGAGAAACCGUAGCUUUUGUGUACAAAGAUCAAUUAAAAAGCGCUCUGUUGAGCCC